AUGGAUUCCCUGCGCUCUGUUCUAGUGGCCAACAGAGGAGAGAUAGCAUGUCGUUUGAUUCGUGGGGCAAGGGAGCUACAAAUAAAAACCAUUGCGAUAUACACGGAUGUAGAUGCCGAGUCGCAGCAUGUCAUUGCAGCUGACGAGGCCCAACUAUUAUCAGGCGAUGCAAGUACUGCAUAUUUGGACGGGCAACUGCUAAUGUCUGAUGACAGAGAACAAAUCAUUUCAAUCGCAAAGCAAAAGGGUGCACAGGCCAUUAUACCAGGCUAUGGAUUUCUCUCUGAGAACGCAGAGUUUGUGCGCCUCGUAGUCGCUGCUGGCCUGACAUUUGUUGGCCCUUCUGCAGAGACCAUUGAAAUGAUGGGCUUGAAACACACUGCAAGAGAACUUGCCGUGGAAGCGGGCGUCCCCGUCAUUCCGGGAUCCAAGGGCCUCUUGGAGUCUGCUGGUGAUGCUGUGACCGCGGCGCAAAAGCUUGGAUUUCCAGUCAUGCUCAAGGCAACUGCCGGCGGUGGAGGAAUGGGCUUGAUGGUUUGCCAGAAUGAGCAGGACGUCAAGCAGAGCUUUGAGCAAGUCCAAUCUAGAGGCACUACCCUGUUCAAGAACUCUGGAGUGUUUCUUGAGAAAUACUACCCUGAUAGCCGGCACAUUGAAGUCCAAAUCUUUGGAAACGCCCAAGGACACGUCAUUAGCAUUGGAGAACGAGAGUGCUCCAUACAAAGAAGGCAUCAGAAGGUCAUUGAAGAAUGUCCGAGUCCAUUCGUGGAGCGCAAUCCUAGCCUUCGUCAAAAACUGACGAAAGAUGCUAUUAGUCUCGGCGAGAGAAUUUCAUAUGGCUCAGCGGGUACAGUGGAAUACCUUGUGGACGACCAUACUGGGAAUCACUACUUUCUCGAGAUGAACACUCGCCUGCAGGUUGAGCACGGUGUCACCGAGAUGUGCUAUGCUGUAGAUCUGGUUCACUUGAUGUUGAAACAGGCAGAUCGUCAACUCGGUGGAUCGGGUGGCCUUGAUGCGCAGGAGUUGAGUAACUUACAAGCUCAAUGCCUUGAGCCUCGAGGUCAUGCAAUCGAGGCGCGCGUCUAUGCCGAGAAUCCUGCUCGCAACUUUGCACCCAGCCCUGGACUACUACAGCAAGUCACUUGGGAACUUCAUGAACAAUCGAGAAUCGAUACUUGGGUACGCUCUGGAAAUGUCAUCAGCUCCAUGUACGACCCACUCCUGGCCAAGAUAAUGCAUCAUGCACCAUCGCGUCAACAAGCUAUUUCGGAAUUGAUAAAAAUACUCAAAGGCAGUCAAGUGUGUGGGCCCCCGACGAAUCUUGACUUUCUGCUGAAGGUCGUCGAAUCGGAUGAUUUUGGCACAGGGAGCACACUGACUAGAACCCUGGAUACUUUCAGCUAUGUUCCAGCUGCCAUCGAUGUUGUGGCCGGUGGCUCACAAACAUUGAUCCAAGAUUACCCCGGGCGUCCAACCGUUGGACACGGAUUCGGCCAUGCUGGCCCUAUGGAUCCCAUCGCCUUUCGCAUCGCGAAUAGUUUGGUCGGGAAUUCCGUUGGCACCGAGGCUCUCGAGAUUACGCUGACCGGGCCUGAAUUGCUAUUUCUCGGAGACGCCAUCAUUGCACUAUGCGGUCCCCCUGUUCAGGCCUCCGUGGACUCUACUGAACUGCCUCUGUGGAUCCGCGUGCGUAUCCAGGCAGGUCAAAGAAUCAAAAUUGGCAAGCUUGCGCAAGGUUGCCGCUUGUAUCUUGCCGUCUACGGAGGGUUUCUCAAUGUGGCUGAGUGGUUUGGUAGCAAGUCUACGAACCCCAUGGUCACUGUCGGUGGCUACCAGGGCCGUGCUCUCCGGGCAGGUGACUUUCUCCGGAUAUCUGCAGCCACGUCACUUGCUGCAAUGGAGCCUGUUUCGGUUCCCUCGAAACUAUUGCCUCGGUACCAAUACGACUGCUGGGAUAUUCAAGUCAUGUCGGGUCCUUAUGAGACUGGUUAUCUCACAACCGAAGAUAUCAGGAUGAUCACCUCGACCGAAUGGCAAGUCAGUCAUAAUGCUGCACGAGGAGGAAUGCGACUCAUUGGCCCUCGCCCCAAGUUUGCACGCUCGGAUGGAGGAGAGGGGGGAUCGCAUCCCAGCAAUGUUUUUGAAUAUGGUUAUCCCAUUGGCGGACUCAACUGGACCGGUGACGAGCCCGUCAUAUUUCCCGUCGAUUGUCCCGACUUUGGAGGUUUCAUCUGCAGCUCGACUGUGAUCAAAGCGGACUUUUGGAAAUUGGGACAAGUGCGUUCAGGCGAUCGCAUACGCUUCCGCCUUGUCACACUAGAGGGUGCCCUUGAAUGUCGAAGAAGAAAUGAGAGCUUUGUUGAGGCAAUUUGCAGUGCCAUUGGUGAUGGUGAUUGGACGAUAGUCCCAAUGUUUACAGACCUUCCGCUGGCACCCGAGACCGCAGAGACCGGAUUUGACCUUCUGCAUGUGAUCGAGGCAACAGAUUCCAGCCCACUGGCCACAUACAGAGCGGGUGGCGAUGACUUUCUGCUGGUUGAGUAUGGAGACGGCAAGCCGGACCUGAAUCACAAGUGCCGCGCCACUGCUUUGAGGAGGAGUAUUGAAGCCAUGAUGGCCAAGAGUUCAUCCUCCAAAGACGAUCGGUUGCAUAUCUUGAACAUGGUGGGGUGCGGAAAUUCGUUGAUGAUCUACUACGACGGCCUUCAACUGUCCAGAACACGCCUCUUGGGCAUACUUCUGGAUAUGGAGAAAUCGUUUGGCGACAUGAGUAUGGCCAAGUUUCCUAAUAGGCGCUUCCGUGUCCCCGUGACCUUUCAGCACAAGAAGAUUGAUGCAAUGAUGGAGCGGUACAUGACGAAUCAGCGGAGCAAAGCAAGCUACCUACCCGAUCCCUUUGAGUUUCUUGCAGCGAAUAACGGGCUCACAACGGAUGAGCUGAAAAGGGUGCUACUCAGCCUCGAGUCUGUCGUUAUUGGCGUGGGUUUCUUCAUGGCGCUGCCCGAAAGUCUUCCUGUGGAUCCACGACAUCGGCUGCGAGCACCCAAGAUGAAUCCUAGUCGCACAUUUACACCAGCAGGGACGUUUUCCUGGGGUGGUUGUGCCAUUGCAGUUUACCCGGUCGAUAGUCCUGGCGGUUUUAUGCCGCUCGGAAUGACAAUGCCCGGAGUCGAUGUCUACGGCUCCAAAGACGGCUUCAGUGAGACUCGGCCCUGGAUGUUUGAAGACAUGGAUCUCAUCACCUACUAUGAGGUAUCCGAGGAAGAGUACGAUCGUCAAAUGCUGAAGUUCAGAGCUGGUAGUUAUCAAUUCGAGUAUGAAGCUGAUGUCUUUGACAUGGGUGCGCAUAAUGUGCUCUUGCGCGAGACGCAGGACGAGGUGCAGCGGACUCAGGAGAGAAUCGCUUUAGCUCAAGCAAAAAUGGCUGUUCUAGAGAACAAGCUAUUGGAAGAAUGGAUUGCCGAGAAGAAGUCAAACGAGACAGAUCCAGGCGAGCUGCAGAAGCUACUAGAAGAUCCAGCAAAUCGUGUCAUCGAGUCGCCGGUAAAUGCUAAUGUGUGGAAAGUAUUUGCACAAGAAGGAGAUAUUAUUCGAAAGGGACAGACGAUUACAAUUCUGGAGGCGAUGGAGAUGGAAAUCAAUGUCAAUGUGGCAGACGACUUAGAUGCUGCGACGAUUUACAAAACCUUGAUUCAGCCCGGGCAGUCAGUCGAGGCGGGUCAAGCUUGCAUCGUUGUAAGAGUAUCAUAG